CACUCUAUUGGGACACAAAGGGUCAUUGGUCCAUAGCUGUCUUGCAAUUUAACUCUAGUUAGAAAUUUCAGCUAGCAAAAUGACAUCAAAUCAUGAGUCAUGGACAAGUUGGUUGUGUGAUUUGGAACCAGAAGAUUACAAUAUCAUCAAUGAGAUUAACAUAGCCACUUUGCCACAAGAGAAUAACAACUUGCAACAAUCUUUUUCUGGUGGUAGCCAUUGCUCUCACACAACCUCAAACACUAUGAGCAAUUCUUCAGGAGAUGUUAACAAGACUAACCCUUCAAACAUAGGGUACCCUUCCUUACCAAAAAAGGAUUCUUCCCAUUCUUACAUUCUUUGUUUUGGAAAUGAGAAUCCAGAAUCAAUGUUGAACAUUGGUUCAACUUUAAAACCAAAAGGCAAGGUUUCUAAUCAUGGGAAAUCUUUAGCCUCAAAAGGGUCCUUAGAAAACCAAAAAAAGGGACCAAAACGCAAUAUUCAAGAGAGCAAGAAGACUGAUUCAGCUGCUAGAAAUGCUCAAGAUCACAUAAUUGCUGAGAGGAAGAGAAGAGAAAAAAUUAGUCAAAAGUUUAUAGCUCUUUCAGCACUCCUUCCAGACUUGAAAAAGAUGGAUAAGGCUUCUGUAUUAGGGGAUGCUAUAAACCAUGUGAAACAGCUUCAAGAAAAAGUGAAGCUAUUGGAAGAAAAGAACCAAAAGAAUAACGUAGAAUCUGUGUCUAUGGUAUAUGUUGAGAAGACAAAGUCAUAUUCUUCAGAUGAAGAUGUUUCAGAAACCUCAUCAAAUUCUGGCUAUGGUAAUUGUUGUCACACUCACACCUCAAAACCAAGUAGGUCACUGCCUGAAGUUGAGGCAAGAGUGUCAGAGAAAAACGUGCUGAUUCGUGUCCAUUGUGAGAAACAUAAGGGUGCAUUGAUGAACAUAAUCCAAGAGAUAGAGAAUCUUCAUCUAUCAGUCACUAGUAGUAGUGCAUUGCUAUUUGGAACCACAAAACUUGACAUAACCAUCAUAGCUGAGAUGGAUGAGAAGUUCAGCCUAAGCGUGCAGGAGCUAGCUAGAAAACUUCGGGUUGUACUUUUGUAAUACCUAAGUGAUUGAGGUUACAUGAUUGAUAAACUUCAUCAAAUAACAAAUUAUUUGAAAGAAUCCAAUUUUAAUUUCAAAGUGCAACAAUUUUUUGUCAAAA